ACAAACCUAUCGAUUUGUUGCACAAUCGGUAGGAUCAACAUUGAAUUGAAGAAACCAGUUGGCUUGGCAUUCGCAACAAUUGGCAAAAAGGAGGAACUUGUCAGACAGCAGGACAUGGAGGAAGUGGCGCCGCGGUUCAAAGUGCUCGAGGAGGCGUUCCACGGCAAUGGGAACGGUUGCGCCAACGUGGAGGCCACCCAAUCGGCCAUUUUAAAAGUGCUGACGCGCGUCAAUCGCUUCCAGUUGCGCGUCCGCAAGCACAUCGAUGACAACUACACGGAGUUUAUGCCCAAUCACACGUCGCCGGACAUUUUCCUGGAGGAGUCGGCUUCGUUGAAUCGGGAGAUACACGACCUGCUCGAGACCGUGGGCUCUGAGGGGCUGGGCGCCUUGGACGAGGCGAAUGCCAAGUUGGCGGAUAGCGGCAGGCAGCUGCGCGAGAUCCUUUUGGGUCUCGGUGUCAGCGAGCAUAUCCUUAGGAUCGACGAGCUGUUCCAGUGCGUAGAGGAGGCUAAGGCCACCAAGAAUUACCUGGUUAUUCUAGAUCUUGUUGGUCGCUUAAGGGCCUUCAUCUAUGGCGAUGAUUCCGUAGACGCACAGGACGCACAGGUGGCCACGCCAGAGGUGCAACGCAUCUUUCAGGCUCUCGAGUGCUACGAGACCAUCAAGGUGAAAUACCAUGUGCAGGCACAUCUGCUGCAGCAGAGCCUCCAGGAGUGCUUCGAUCGACUGGUGCAGCUGCAGUGUAAAUCCUUUCCCACAUCGCGCUGCGUCACCUUGCAGGUGAGCUGCGAUCAAACGCAGCUGCAGGAAGUUGUGCAGGCCCUCUUCCAGGAGCCCUACAAUCCGGUGCGGCUCUGCGAAUUUUUGCUGGACAAUUGCAUCGAACCGCUGAUCCUGCGGCCAGUGAUGGCCGAGUACAGCGAAGAAGUCGAUGGUGGCUCCUACGUCCGAUUGUCGCUAUCGUACGCCACCAAGGAGUCAAGCUCAUCGCAGCUGCGCCCGAACUACAAACAGGUUUUGGAGAACCUCAAGCUGCUGCUGCAGACGCUGGCUGGAAUCAACUGCAGUGUAUCCAGCGAGCAACAUGUUUUUGGCAUUAUUGGCGAUCAUGUGAAGGAUAAAAUGCUGCAAUUACUGGUGGACGAGUGCCUCAUACCAGCUGUACCCGAAACCAUGGAGGAGUACCAGGCUUCCACGCUGUGCGAGGAUGUUACCCAGCUGGAGCAGCUGCUCGUGGACUCAUUCAUUAUCAAUCCAGAGCACGAUCGCGCUCUAGGGCAGUUUGUCGAGCAAUACGAGACCUACUACCGAAAUCGGCUGUUUCGUCGGGUUCUGGAAACGGCGCGCGAGAUCAUACAGCGGGAUCUGCAGGACAUGGUGCAGGUGGCACCCAACAACCACACUGCCGAAGUGGCGAACGAUCCCUUCCUCUUCCCAUGCUGCAUGAUCUCAAAAAGUGCUCAGGACUUUGUCAAACUGAUGGACCGCAUACUCCGCCAACCCACGGACAAGCUGGGCGAUAAAGAAGUCGAUCCCAUAGCCAGCAUCAUUUCCGUCAUGCUGCACACGUACAUCGAUGAGGUGCCCAAGGUGCACCGCAAGCUGCUCGAGAGCAUUCCACAGCAAGCCGUGCUGUUCCACAACAAUUGCAUGUUCCUCACGCACUGGGUGGCCCAGCAUGCCAACAAGGGCAUCGAAAGUUUAGCGGCGCUAGCCAAGACACUGCAGGCCACUGGUCAGCAGCAUUUCCGAGUGCAGGUCGACUAUCAAUCCUCCAUCUUAAUGGGCAUCAUGCAUGGUUUCGAGUUCGAGAGCCCGCACACAUUGGGCUCUGGUCCACUAAAGCUGGUGCGCCAGUGCCUGCGGCAGCUGGAGCUGCUCAAGAACGUGUGGGCCAAUGUGCUUCCGGAGACUGUGUAUAAUGCAACCUUCUGCGAGCUGAUUAACACCUUUGUCGUCGAGCUAAUCCGUCGCGUGUUCACGCUGCGCGACAUUUCCGCACCGAUGGCCUGUGAGCUGAGCGACCUUAUUGACGUGGUGCUGCAGCGGGCGCCCACGCUCUUCCGCGAGCCCAACGAGGUUGUCCAAGUCCUCUCUUGGCUCCGGCUGCAGCAAUUGAAGGCCAUGAUGAACGCCUCGCUCAUGGAGAUCACAGAGCUGUGGGGCGACGGCGUUGGCCCACUGACCGCCAGCUACAAGUCAGACGAGAUCAAGCACCUCAUCAGGGCGUUGUUCCAGGACACCGAUUGGCGAGCGAAGGCCAUUACGCAGAUUGUAUAGGCUUUAUACUGGGGUGUUUACGCGUUUUUCGGAGCAGAGGGUAGAAAACGGAGUCUGAAUUUGAAGAUUACCAUGAUGUGUCCUUAAUUAUUGUUUGAAUAACUUACUACAAAUGCCAAAAGAAAUAUAAUUUGAUAAUCUUUAA